AUGGGGACUAUCUCUGAAACUGAGGCCCAAGGAGUCAAAGGCCAUGUGAUCAAUGAACAGAAGCAUGCCUGCGACCUGAAGGGGUCAGCUGGUAUAUUACAUGGGAACUUGGAAUUAUUUCCUACCGAUGAGUGUGAAGAAGAAAAUAGGACUUUGAUGAUAGCCAGAAUUCAAAGUGUACUUUCAGAGGCAGAGAUGGUUAUCCUGGUUUUUUUAGCUCUAAGAGUAAAACUGACUGAAACUAACGGCUGUUUACCAUCUGAGUCUUUGUCUAGAAGUUGUAAACUUUCAACAGACUUAGUGUUCCAAAAUAGAAACAUCAGACAGAUUCCAUUCUGUGGGUGCAAUUGUUAUCCAGGUAAAUCUCACCUGGCUAUCGUGCAGCGAGUGAACAAUGAGGGAGAAGGGGACCCAUUUUAUGAAGUUCUGGGAAUCGUCACAUUAGAAGACGUGAUUGAGGAAAUCAUCAAAUCUGAGAUUCUAGAUGAAACAGAUUUAUACACUGAUAACAGAACGAAAAAGAAAGUGGCCCAUCGGGAAAGAAAGCAAGACUUUUCUGCCUUUAAACAGACAGACAGCGAGAUGAAGGUGAAAAUAUCACCCCAGCUUCUCCUGGCCAUGCACCGUUUCCUAGCAACAGAAGUAGAAGCAUUUAGCCCAUCCCAGAUGUCAGAGAAGAUCCUUCUAAGGCUGCUAAAGCACCCCAAUGUCAUCCAGGAACUGAAGUAUGAUGAGAAGAACAAGAAAGCCCCAGAAUACUACCUCUACCAGCGAAACAAACCUGUAGACUACUUCGUUCUCAUUUUGCAGGGGAAAGUGGAAGUAGAAGCUGGGAAGGAAGGUAUGAAAUUCGAAGCCAGUGCUUUCUCCUACUACGGUGUGAUGGCUCUCACAGCCUCUCCAGUUCCUUUGUCCCUGUCUCGUACCUUUGUUGUCAGCAGAACAGAGUUGUUAGCAGCAGGUUCUCCAGGUGAAAACAAGUCGCCUCCUCGCCCCUGUGGCUUGAACCACUCAGACUCUCUGAGCCGAAGUGACCGGAUUGACGCCGUGACGCCGACACUGGGGAGCAGCAAUAAUCAGCUCAACUCUUCGUUCCUUCAAGUCUACAUCCCUGACUACUCAGUGCGAGCCCUUUCUGACCUUCAGUUUGUGAAGAUCUCAAGACAGCAAUACCAAAAUGCCUUGAUGGCAUCCCGGAUGGACAAAACUCCUCAGUCUUCAGACAGUGAAAACACUAAAAUUGAAUUGACUCUUACGGAGCUGCACGACGGGUUGCCAGACGAGACCGCCAACCUGCUCAAUGAACAGAACUGUGUGACACACAACAAGGCCAACCACAGCCUGCACAGUGAAGGGGCCAUCUAGGGCGCCCCCCGCCGACCCUCACCCCCCACUCCCAAGGCCCCAGGCCAGCUGACCGUGAAUCCCAUUAGUGUGAGCUUGUGUGCCAUGCUGCAUCCUGCAACAUCCUGAGACCAAAGACUUUGUCCCCUUCCCGGAAGCAGCGGCGGAGGAUGGCGAGGGCAGGAGCAGAAACUAGAGGUGUGACAUCAGCAGCUAGGGCAUGGCAUUCAAGAUUUUGGAGAUGAACUUCUUCCACCCAAAUAGAAUCAUGUUUAUUUUUUCAGUUGUACCUUUUAUCUUUAUUCACUCUCCUCCUUCCUCAAUCUGCAUGAAGUUGGAAAUUGUUGCGGUUUUAUUUUUUUUCCCAAGAGAUCAUGUUUUUAAAUAGUGUCUUUUGCAGAGUUUUACGUUGUUCUGUGUGAACUCUGCCGUGACUCCCUGAUGUGACCCGAACCGAAUGGACUCGCUCCUCCUCCCUCGGCCUUCGCGGCCCUCCUCGGGCGGGGCGCGCCUCCUCCGUGCCCAGCGGGUGUCGCUGUGGAACUUGAAGGAUGAAUGAAGAAAACUGCGUUGCAGACCUGCCAGGUCUGUCCCACUGUGGGGCGGGGCCUGCGCGGGGCCUGCAGUCGCCUCCGUGAGCUCAGUGUUGUUUUAAGUUAAUGUUUAACCGUGUCCCUUUCCCUCAGAAAGGUUUAACAUUUGCUUGGAAUGUGAUUUUUUGCUCCUACUCUAAGGAAUUUUUAUCACCAAAAUGAAUGUUAAUGAAUUUGAAGCCCAUGGUUUAUCAUUGGCAAGAGGCAAGGUGACUUCAUGGCGCCCUCCUCCAGCCUGGAUUCUCCGGCCCAGCCAGGCCGCCGCCCCAGCCCAGCGCCCCAGCCUCCAGAGCGCCGCCACCCGCCUCCCCGUCCUUGCUCUCGUUAACCCAGGAUGCUGCUACACAGAUGCCAAAUGGAAAUCUUCCAGAGGGCCUUUGAGUAACCGCGUGGUGUGGAGUCGAAGCUCCUCCCCUUCCCACCGGGAUGACGUAAUUGUCCGGAAAGGAGCUGGGCCGCCCGCGGCGCGCUGGGCGCUGUGCCCAGAAGGCGUUGCCAGACCCAGGUGUUUAAGGGAGGGAACUCUGGGGACGGCCGGCCCCCGCCCCUCCUCCUCCCAGGGAGCUCCCUGUCCCUCUUCCCCUCUGUCCCUGGGCUCCUGGGGCCCAGCAGUGGCUGUGGUCCUCGCUCGAGGCCCUCUGCGCCUCCCGCCUCAGAUGCGGCCCACGCCGGAGAGGCUGCCUGUCCAGCCCCGGGUCGGUUUGGCCCCAAACAGGGAUUCAGAAACCAAAUGUGUGUCGUGGCCAUUUCGUGUGUGUCUCCGCCUUACUUUAAUACCAAAUUCAUCACGUGCAGUGAAAAUGUCAGGAGGUACGUCUUGAGGGAUCGAGUUCUCACCGAUCUUAUCUGUUUUAAGUGUUAGCCCAAGGGAUAGCGCGUUCUGUCGGCGAUGUCCGUUCGUCCGCGAGGACUGGGCCGCGCGCUGACCGCGGUGCGCGGGGAGGAUUGCUACUCCGCGCUGCCUCUAGUCGCUGGGUCGCACUGGUCGAAGGGAAGCCCCGGGCCAAGCGGCAGUUUCCUUCUCCCUCCUCAAGGUAGGAACGUGUCCCCCGGCCUGGGCUCUGGGCCGAGGGGAGCUGUGGUUGGGGAGUCACCGGCAACAUGGAAAGCGGUUUGGUGGCUCCAGUGUCCCAGGCACGUUUACCACAGUAUUUCCUCCGGGGUGUCCGUCCUAGAGGGUCUUCCUCGUCAGGUGCCAUGCCCCUUAGUGAGGGUCAUAGGGGCGCCCCCUACGCUGCUGCUGGCACCCAACCUGCCGCGAGCCCCCGCGGCUCUGUAGCUUAAUGUUAGUGGGACCCCGGCCCACGAGUAUCCCCUUUUAUAAACAGAUCCGUCCAAGUUAAAAGGUCCCGGUUUCUAAGACGCAUCAAGCUGAGCACAGCCCCCUUGUGGUGUGGGAACUGGGACUGUCCCCAGGGUGCGCAGAGACGAGUUCCCCCUAAGGAAACGAACCCCGGGUCUCGCAAGGGGCGUGCCCCCCCCCACCCCCCAAGCACACUCCUACUCCGGGCCCAGACAGCGCUGGCCUUCCUGGUGGUUUGGUGGAGCCCGGCCUGCCCGGCCCUGCUUCCUCGGACUUGCAGAAUCUCUGCCGCCUCAGCCUCUCCCUGCCGAUCUGCUUGUCCACACGUAGCCUGUCUCAGGGUGCCUUGCUUCUGGAAGGAGCUUCUAGAAUCAGCGUUAAUGUGUUGGGUCUUUGUCAGAGCCCCGCCGUUCCUUUAUGAAAUCCUAAAGCUCUGUGAGAGCCAGCUGCUGGCUCCUUGACUUCUCACCACGAUCAUACCCGCUCAGCGUGGCAGCUUUUGGGGACGUCCGCGGAGCAUUGCUGGCCGGGGCGGCUUUGCCGUGCGGGCUCCUACUCCGAGAGGGUGAAAUUUUAGCCUCCCGAGAUUGUAUUUGUUUUCUCCACACCAGUCUUUACCUUGGAUUAUUCAUAUUUUAUAACAACAGGGAAUCAAAAAUAAUUCCCGGCUGUAGUUACAUCUGCUUUGGGGAAAGCUCAAGACCCUUCGGAUCACACUCACUGUCUUGAGUGAUCAGAUUCUUCUCCCAGGCCCUACUUUCCCUCUGGAAACUACCUGCAGGCUGUUGAAGGAGAAACGCUGGCUCGUGGCUUCACUGGGCAGCACAAUGAUUUUGGCUUAGAAGUUCUAUGAAGUUAGAUGUCUAUAAAGGGAGUCCGCGGAGAAAGACCGUCAAACGUUUGAGAUCUCCAUGUGCAGCGGCCGGGUCUUAGACUUGCACGGCGGCUAGAUCCUCCUCCCCUGGAGCUGCUGGCUUCGUGAGUGUGGCGGGGAGUGGGCUGUGGCGCAGACCAGGUGCUGGGGUCUUGAAUGCUGCGGGAGCCCUCGUUGUCAGACCCAGCGCCUGUCUGCGGUGGCUUCCAGCCCUGGCUCUGUGGAACCAGACAGGGCCGCCUCCUGCUUCUGGCCACUGUAGCAUCCCAGAGGUUCCACCAGAAACUGGAUCCCUAGUAGCCAGAUGUUCCCAGGACAGUCCGCUUUGUCUCUAUAAAUGAGAGGGUUUUGUUUUUUGGGGGGGGGUUUUCCUACUGCCCUACAGGUUCUUUCCCUUUAUUUCUCUCUGUUCCAUAUUCAUCAGGCAAGCCCAAAAUCAUAUAUUUAAACUUCUAGGAAAACAGACCAUUAAGAUGUGUAUGGAUGGUGGACACUGGGGUGCUAGUCCACUAGUUUAAGUCUUGGUUCUUACAUGAUUUGCAUUUCAAAGGGCACACCACUUAACUCUGUUCUACCCUCCCUCCUCACCUCACUUAGGGAAGAGCUCGGUGCCCAUGCUGACAUGAUUGGCUUCCCCAUGUGGGAGGAAGGGGGGGCACCUUGCCAUUUUCUAAUGUUAUUUUAAGGAACUUCUGUGCAAAGGUUGAAUGCAGAACUCCACAUGAAUAUGGAACAUUAACUGUGAAUAGAUUUACCUGUGCUCUCCCAAGUACCAUCUGACUAAAGGACCAGCUUUUCCAAGUCUACGAAAAUAGUGGUAGACACAAGUAGAACUGCAUUUUCACUAGGAAUGGAAGUAAUAGGAAUUUGGGCUAAGCAGGGACCAUGCACUUCUGCCCUCACAUUCUCUCAGGUUGAGGAGAAGACCCUGGCCGAUUGAGCCUUUGUCCUAGCUGGUCAGAAAUAAGAAGAAACCCCAACCUUCUCAUCUUCUGAAAACCAGCCAGCGAUCUGUAGCUCUCUUUGCCUGUCCUGGGCCAGGAUCCCAAGACUCCUCCAGGGUUCGCCAGGGGUGAUCCCCAGCGAAAGAGUCACCCAGGCUGGGGCGGGAAGGGUGCUUAACAAAGUAGCAGCUGCCAGGGAGGGUUGGCUUGGCACCCACCACAUGACCCAAGUUCUCUGAUGGCCUGAGCAACAGGAACAACUCCCUGUCGCUUUUGACCCCAGAGACAGGUUUUUCUUACAGGGGGGUGAUUGAGCUGGCAAUUCAGGGUGUGGAGGCUUCUGGGGCACCAGUGCGGUGUCUGAGGACACAGUUUCUGGGUUGGGUUUGGUUCCACUCUAAGCUCUGGGCUAGUACUGCUUCUGUCCAGCAAGGAAGGACUUUUGCGUGAGUUGUGGAUUGAUCCAGAGUUAGGAGGGAUUUAGAGAAUUAAGUAUGAAAGUGGUUUGGGGUGAUUCAGAAACUUUCCGAUGUAAAUUUAUCAAUGAGCAACCUACUCAGUGGAUUUUUAUAUCUCAGGGCCAUUUACAGAUCUUUAUCUUUUCAUAUUUCUUUUGUAUUCAAGUGGGCUGAUAAGAGAGAUGACUUCAAAGAACUCUAAGAUGAGGUUCAUUUCCCUCCAUUUGAGGGUGAGUGGUGCACCCUUGCCAAGCUUGCUGAAGUCACUGUCCCUCAAGGCUGUGGCAGUGGGCCUUUUUCCUCUAACACUUGCAGGCAUUCUUCCUGCAGUGAAUGCCUACUUGCUGGUUUUCCUUCUGCCCUGAGCGAAGGGUCCAGAGUCCCUGGUCAGCCCGAGGGACAGAAGGAGGUGAUGGCAGUUCACAGCAACUGCAGAGCUUGGAGCAGCUUCCCUCCUGCCAUCUUGGCCUGGGGACUGUCUUGGCUUCUUAGCCCUUUGCGGUUGGCUCAGCGCAAGUAAGCUUUCUGUGUAUGCCAGAGCCACUGACCUCCUUUCACUAGAAUUGUUGUAAAUAUCUUUUGAUGGGAAAUACCAGGCUGUACUUGAAGCAACAUAGAAACAAAGGUUCUAGUAGCAAGAGAGUCAAGUUCUAGGACUUUGUAUACCAAGGUUUUUAUGUACACAGCUCCAACACGUACUAGGAGGAGGACUUUAGUAUAUGUGUCUUUGAGUUUGAAUACCCACUUUAUGUUGAGUUUAAACAUGAACUGGAAGAAUGGCUUGUCUCUCCUGGCAGGGUAUCUUCUGGCAUCUGCCCACAUCUGACCAACACGGAUUCACCUGGGAAGGGAUUCCUUUGGGACCAGAUUCUUGUUCAGGUUCACCUUGGAGAGAAUUACUACAUAGACCUGGUGGGACUUGGGUGCCUUCCCUUUUUCUGGAAGCCCAGGCCCCUUGGUAUACAGAGCUGGUCUCAGGCUCCCAGAGCAGAAGGGAAGGAAUAAGGCCUCAGGACUUUUAUUCCCCAGAGAGCCCCAGCCUAGCUUCCGAUUUGUUAGCCCCCGUGUCUGAAGUCUACUGUGAAGGUGGAGUGUAUCAGUCCAUUAACUUCUCUUAUUUCUGGAGUCUUUUAAAUCUACAAAUGUAUAUGCUUUAUUUUAUAUUAUUAUUUAUUAUGUACAUAAGCCUCUACUGUUAGUACAUUGUGACUGAGAUAUUUUCUAGAGCCCCUCGUCCAUGGAGCCUAGGGUUCUCUUGUCCCUUAAAGUGGCUGAGAAGGCAGUGGUUUUCUGUUUUUGUCAUAAAGAGGUUGCUGCUCUUACAUUGACCCUAGCAUCCCUGCCCCCUCUUCUUUUUGGGGCCCGCCACUAUUCCUGAUGGACUAGUGUUUGGGUUGAGGAGGGAGGCAGGUCUCCUAUGUUACGGCAGGGCUCUCAAGUACCUCUGCGAAAUACUUUAGAGGUUGUUUCCUGGUGAUGGGGUCUGUCCGCUGUGAUGAGACCAGAGCCUUCUUCCUCACUCCCACCCUCCCAGGCCAGGUUGGCAAACUGGCCCCACAACAGUGAUGGCCUCUAAAUUCCCACCUUGGAUUGCAGAAUCCAUCUCUCUGGACCAUGGAAGCUGCCUCCCCAUCUGGGCUUCUAAUAGGCCUUCUCAUGGUUUUGAGGCCCAAUGCCAGCAUUGCGUUGGCCCUGAAAUAAGACCCUGCUUUGUGUCUGAUUUUCAUCCUCCUCGGCCUUGACUGUGUCAUAGUGUACAUUUCAUGCUUCUCAGCAGUGAAGUUUUCUGAACACAGUAUUCAGAGCUGUGUACAUAAACCUAAAGCACAAAUGACAUGUAUAGGUUUCCUGAGCUGAUUGUCAUAAUGAAUGCAUUUUAUAAUUCAAACGAUGUUGUAGAUUUACAAUCUCUCCUAUUUAUUUUGUACCAAUUUAUUUGUAAAUUUUGUGAUUGUUUUAAAAGGUUUUUGUUCAUUUCUAUUAUUCUAUUUAGAUAAAGGAUGAUUUUCUGUUCA